UGAAGUUGCUGUUGCAUUAGCAGCUGCUAAUGCACUUGGAAAAGCUACAAAAGAUGUCUCUCUAGGAACCGAUGACAUAGCAAAUGGUUUAAAGGAAUUGAACAUGGAAAAGUACGAUGACGAGGAGGAUGACAUUGAGCUUUUCGGUUCGGGACUCAAAGACUUGUACUACCCAAGUAAUGACAUGGACCCGUAUCUCUAGGAUAAGGUUGCAGAAGGACCAUUUUGUUUCCCUCACGUUGGCUCCUUUGAAGUAUUUACCAUUUUACUUACUGUUGAAAUUUUUCUCUCGGGAUAAUGACUCUGAGGAGGAUGAGGACAUGACAAUAAAACCUGACGAUUCUAUUAUAGUUUGUGCAAGCAAUGAUGAUGAUGUCAGUCAUCUCGAGAUUUGGAUUUUGGAAGUUUUAUCAGAUGGUACUGUAAACAUGUAUGUUCAUCAUGAGAUUAUUAUUCCUGCGUUUCCUCUCUGCACAGCAUGGCUCGAUUGCCCUAUUAAAAGUGGCGAGGGGAAAGGGAACUUCAUAGCUGUGGGCUCAAUGGAACUAGCAAUUGAAAUUUGGGACCUAGACGUAUUGGAUGAGGUGCAACCAGCUGCUGUAUUAGGUGGAAUCGCUGACAUAAAGAAAAAGGGGAAGAAGAAAACCAUCAAAUACAAAAAGGAUAGCCACUCCGAUUCAGUACUUGGUCUCGCUUGGAACAAGGAGUAUAGGAAUAUGCUUGCCAGUGCUAGUGCUGAUCAAUCAGUCAAGGUUUGGGAUGUGAAUACCAGCAGCUGUACUGUCACUAUGAACGACCAUACUGACAAGGUUCAAGCAGUUGCAUGGAAUCCAUUUGCAUCACAGAUUCUUCUGAGCGGGUCAUUCGAUCAUACAGUUUGCUUGAAGGAUGUGAGGUAUCCAUCUCACGGUGGAUAUAAAUUUCCAGUAUCCGCUGAUGUUGAAAGCUUGGCUUGGGAUCCACAUUCUGAGCAUUCAUUUGUGGUCAGCUUGGAGAACGGUACAGUUACUAGUUUUGAUAUCCGUCUUGCUAGUUCUGAUCCGACUUCCGCGACGAAGCCAUGUUUCACUAUCCAUGCUCAUGAUAAGGCAGUGUCAUCGAUGUCUUUUAAUCCUCUAGUCCCAAAUCUUCUUGCAACUGGUUCCACGGACAAGAUGGUUAAACUAUGGGAUUUGAGCAACAACCAACCUUCUUGUAUUGCAACAAGGAAUACAAAAGCUGGAGCUGUCUUCUCUGUUUCUUUCUCAGAUGAUUGCCCCUUUUUUCUUGCUAUUGGUGGUUCUAAAGGGAAGUUGCAGCUAUGGGAUAUUUCUUCAGAAGAUGCGGUGUUGAAUAAAUACGGGAAAUAUGCCGCGCAAAAAAGGCCGCCCAAAUCGUAAUGGUGGUUUUUGGCUCUCCUUAUUUAUUAAUAUGAGCAUGGUUAAUUUUUACUGUUGCUGCACAUUGCCGGGACAAAGGGACAAAGGAAGGGAAAGAGUUUGGUGGAAUCAAGAUAGCAAAUCAUCUUCCCCUAUGUAUUGAGUUGAGAUAUCAGUUAAACAUUCUAAUGGCCUUUAUAUACAACAACAAAAAAAAACCUAGCUUAAUCCCGUACGUGGGGUCUGGGUAGGGUAGUGUGUACGGAGCCUUACCCCUACCCUAUAAAGACAGUGAGACUGUUUCCGAUAGACUCUCGGCUUAGGCCUUUAUAAAAUGGUUUGUUUGUUUUUUGGAUGUACCUACACAAGUUCUCACACAUCGGCAACCGGGGUCCAUAACGUCGUGUGAUAUCUUUUUAUCUGCUUCAGCAUUGUUAGGUAGAGUUAUUUUGUACUUGUACUGGUGGGACGUAGCAGGUUCCGAAUGGUGUAGUAGUGUUGAGGUGUAGUUGCUCGGGCACUACCAUUAUCGAGAAAAAGAAAGAUUGAUGGACUUGUAAUUUGGUAGGGAAAUGGUUAAAUUCUUUUACCAAGUAAGCAAUUUCGUCGCCA